CAAAUAUACAUAGUUUGUCAUGGAAUAUAAGUGAGAUAUUUAUUUCGUAGAGUCAUUCAUCUAUAUUCCUUCAUAGAGGAAACAUUUCAUCCGAAAAUGAAGUUGGUGGCGUUAUUUUUAUUUUGCUUAGUGGCGACGGUGUUGACAUCACCAAUUCCAAGCCAAUAUCCUGACCCCGAAAAUGUGCAAGUACUGAAGUAUGAGAAUGAAUACAUCGGACCUGGAAAACACCGCUACAGUUUUGAGCAAUCUGAUGGAACACAGCAGGAGCAAGAAGGAGAAUUAAAGAACGCAGGCACCGAAGAUGAAAUCUAUGUAGUAAGGGGCAGCUUCUCGUGGGUGGGACCUGACGGAGUGAAGUACACAGUGCACUACGUAGCUGAUGAAAACGGUUACCAGCCAGAACCCGAAGAAGGGCCCGGAUCAGCCGUACCUUUUGAUUUGUUAGCCUCUAGUCUAGGAUAAAUGAAGCAUAACAGUUGUUACCACCUAAAUAAUCUAUUACCCAGUUAUUUAUAGUAUUGCUCACGGCUCCGUGUGUGUAAAUUACUUUUCCCGAUGUAGUAAUUCGACUAUGUACCUACUUCUCCAGGAUAUAAAGUAGCAAAUCCAAGAUAUAGUUAAUCUGUCUACAAAAUUCCUUCUAAAUGUGUUUAGCAGUUUCUGACUUCUACAUUAUUAUCUAUGCAACGGAUAAAUAUUAUCAAUAAUUUUCGCACUUACAAUAAUUGCCAUACCAUAGAA